CCCACGUGAGGCAUGGUGGCUGGGCCAUCUCAGUGCACCUCUAUGGAAGCUGCUGCCUGGGAGGACUGGCUGACAAGAUUUGGCUACCUGCCUCCACCGGACCCUGUCACAGGACAACUGCAGACCCAGGAAGAGCUCACAAAAGCCAUCACAGCCAUGCAACAGUUUGGAGGUCUCGAAGCCACGGGGAUACUAGAUGAAGCCACGCUGGAAUUAAUGAAGACACCUCGUUGCUCUCUCCCUGAUCUUGCUGAGUCAGAAGCCAGGCGAAAGCGGUACGCUCAGGCGGUGACGAAGUGGAACAAAAGGAACUUAUCUUGGAGAGUCCGUACCUUCCCCAAAGAAUCGCAGCUGGGCCACGACACUGUCCGAGCCCUCAUGUACUAUGCCCUGAAAGUCUGGAGCGACAUCACCCCACUGAAUUUCCAUGAAGUGGCAGGUAACAAUGCCGACAUACAGAUAGACUUCUCCAAGGCAGACCACAAUGAUGGGUAUCCCUUUGACGGGCCUGGCGGCACGGUAGCGCACGCUUUCUUCCCCGGUGAUCAUCACACCGCCGGAGAUACUCACUUCGAUGACGAUGAAUAUUGGACUUUCCGAUCAUCAGAUGCUCAUGGGAUGGACCUGUUUGCUGUGGCAGUCCAUGAGUUUGGCCAUGCCAUUGGGUUGACCCAUGUCUCUGCCAUCGAGUCUAUCAUGAGACCAUACUACCAAGGCCCAGUGGGAGAUCCCCUGAAGUAUGACCUGCCUUAUGAAGACAAAGUCCGAAUCUGGCAGCUGUAUGGAGUCAGGGAGUCUGUGUCCCCGACAGCCAAGCCAGAGGUCACCAGAGCCGAUGACCACCCCAUUCUGCCAGAGCUGCCAGAGAACCGCUCCAGUAUCCCCCUCAGAAGAGACGUGCCCAACAGAUGUAACACGCACUUCGAUGCGGUGGCUCAGAUCAGAGGCGAGGCUUUCUUUUUCAAAGGCAAGUACUUCUGGAGACUGACUCGUAAUAAGCACCUGGUCUCCCUCCAGCCAGCUCAGAUCCACCGUUUCUGGCGGGGUUUGCCUCUCAAUUUAGACAGCGUGGAUGCCGUGUAUGAGAGAACCAAUGACCACAAAAUUGUCUUCUUCAAAGGAGACAGAUACUGGGUGUUCAAAGACAAUAACGUGGAGGAAGGAUACCCUCGGCCAAUUUCGGACUUUGGCUUGCCACCGGGAGGCAUCGAUGCUGCUUUUUCCUGGGCCCACAAUGACAAGACUUAUUUCUUUAAGGACAAUCUCUACUGGCGUUACGAUGACCAUGAGCGGAGAAUGGACCCCAGCUAUCCAUCAGAGACCACUCUGUGGAAGGGGAUCCCAAGCCCGUUAGACGAUGCAAUGAGAUGGUCAGAUGGCGCAACCUACUUCUUCAGGGGCAAGGAGUACUGGAAGGUGCUGGACAGCGACAUGGAGGCAGAGCCCGGGUACCCGCAGUCCAUCGCAAAGGACUGGCUGGUCUGCAGCGACAUGCAGUCCGACUCGCCAGAGGCAGCAGGGAGCAGCAGGACUGGGGCACGCUCCAGGCAAGGGCAGCAUGACGAGAGCCGUUCGGAGAACGGCUACGAGGUCUGCUCCUGCACCUCCUCCUCGGAUUCCCUUGCGUCUCGCCCAGGGCUCAGACUCUCAGCUGGCCUUGUGCUCACCAGCGUGUGGACAGCAGCAUUUGCCCAUGCAGGGCUAUGACAUCUGGUGACACAGACCCAGAGACAUUACCAUGCUUCAGGGACCGGUGGUGAUGGAAAUCCCACGAGGUGACACUGGUGCAAGCAAAACACACAUUCCUAGGACCAUGGCGGCAAAGGUUUCAGAUUCUCCAUGAGAAGUGAACUGCACUUAUUUGUGUUUGAGUUAAAGGUCUAAUAACAGACUGUGGGUUCUGCUCCUUCUUGUUCCCCUGCCCCAGGCAAAGGGCGUCACAUCACUUGGCAGUUAGAAACAUUCCCUAGAGAUGUCUCGCUAUGGGUGUUUAAAACCUGCAGACUUAGGGAGGGGAUGGACACACUGAGAGACCGCUUGGCCUCAAUGGAAACAGAGUAGAUAAAGGUGAGACCGAGCUGCCGGUGUUUCAGGAGGGAAAGCGUAUGGGAAAGCUGCUGCAACAGUGCUGCUGUUUGGGGGUGUGAUGUCUGCAUCCUAUUGGAUGCAUUAGCUAGAAUUACCUCUGGGGUCCACUGAUAGGUUGUGAAGGGGGAUAUUUUGCAACCAAAUAGACCACAUUAACUGAUGUCAGAUCAGAAACACUUUUGCCUUUAUAAAGGACGCGCAGGCCAUCCGUGUUUCCAGAUGUUUGAAUUUAAGGGUUUAUGUUGGCCACCUGCAUCCACAAGCCAUGGUCAUCAGCCGUGAUCAAAUCUGAUGCCUUCAGCACCAAAACCACAAGCCUUCACUGCUUGAUUGAAGCAGCAGCUCUUUUAGCUCCAAGCAGGAAGCAGGCUCGUAUAAUCACUGAGUGCAGCCAGUCACUUGAGAUGCAAUCACAUGCAGGAAGCUACCAUAAUUCAUGUACAUCCACGUCCUCUGCUUCCCUAAAUCCUAUUCUAGGUUGUAGCUUCUGUUUGAUCGAUGUAUACAAAAAUCACCUUCCUUUACAUUCACUUUUGAUGUAUCUGGUGAUGUGCUGGGGUCCCAGGGGUAGUACAGGAUUGAACGAGUCAUGGUCAUCUCCUUUGGUGUUUCAGCAAAGGGUGGGGAAUGGCAGAAACCAGGUCAAGGGGCUGCCUCUGGUGACUGUUUUAGUUCCCAGUAGUUUCACUGCUGCGGGCCCGUUUCCCUGGGUGUUAAUUUAGUGCCUGAGGGCACUGCAGAGGACUGAAUCAGGCACAGAGCGGAGAGGCAAUUUCCCACAGGGGCAGCUCUCCAAAAGGCAGCCGCUGCAAUUCAGGAGUCAUCAAAAGCCUUGAGAAGUGUGCAAUGUGCUUUUUCUCUGCCCUGCUUAUGAAGCGGUGUUAUCAAAAAUGCUACCACAAAAUUACCCCUCCCCUCAAUCCAGGUCUCUGGGUAAUAGCGUGGCGAUGGGACUCUGAAGCAGGCUGCGCAGUCCUUUGCGGCAUCACUUUGUCCUACUUGGCCUUUACAGCGGUGCUGCUGGCUGGGCCAUUUUUCAAUUGAAUGGGCACAGCAAAAAACCCUAAAUAGGACAGGCUAGAACAUGAGAGGCAUUGAAAGCUGGAAAUCAUCCCUGAUAUGCUUUGGACGGUCUGUGAGAGCUGCUGCUGCUUGAGACCAAUCACACAAAAGCCUUUGAAGAUGAGGCAGUAAAAGACAAGGCCCAUUUCCUUUACGGCAGGAGACUCAGUUUGGCUCGCUGGAGCCGCAGUCCUGAAAGCACUUUGCUCUCUGUCUUGCUAGGCACCGAUGAGCCAUCGAUUUCUAAAUUACCAACUCCGUUUGUUUUUAAAGUGCCAGCCCCAUUAAGUUGCACCUUCUGUGAUUAGCUGAUGGGUAGAGCUAUGCACGGCUCACAUGGCACCUAACUGCAUGGAGCUGCCUGUGUUGCACCAUCAGAAAGAUUUCCUCUUUACUGGGAGGAGACUUGUUGGUUGACAUCAUUCCUGGACCUAGCACUGAUCUCUCUCUCUCUGUCUUGUGGGGGCCUGAGACAAAGCCCAGUGAAAACUGAUGGGAGUCUUCCCAGUGACUCCCAAGGGCUCUCGGAGAACAACUCUUGGGUGCCGGUGCCUUUAUCUUACAGCGUGGGAGCAGGACCCAACUGCAUCCCACCACGGGAAAAAAAUAACACAAGGGGUCACCUUGUGUUUGCCUGUCUAGCAUUUGCAUUUUUAAAGAUUCCCAGUGAUUCGCAACAUGCAGCUGUCUUUAGGACCAGGUCAUAUAGCAUGAUUUUGCAGGACACUGAAUGUGAACACGAUUC